CAGCCGGCUCCAGGCCUGCUCGGAUGCUGCGCAGCAGCAAUCAGCUCCCCAUCACCAAUUCGCCUGGCGUCCCCGAGGCCGCAGGCUUCCGCAGGCUCCCCGUGGCCUCGAGUUAUAGUCGGGACACCGCGGCCGCCGCGGGUGAUCGUGGGCUCUCCGCGGGCCCGGGUCCCCGGGGCGGAGCAGGGCCUGCCGGGUCGCAGCCAAGAUGAACAUCCUGGCACCGGUGCGGAGGGACCGCGUCCUGGCGGAGCUGCCCCAGUGCCUGAGGAAAGAGGCCGCUUUGCACGUGCACAGAGAUUUCCGACCUCAGGUCACCUGCGCCUGCCAGGAGCACCGGACCGGCACCGUGGGCAGAUUUAAGAUCUCCAAGGUCAUUGUGGUAGGGGACCUGUCAGUGGGGAAGACUUGUCUCAUUAAUAGGUUCUGCAAAGACACCUUUGAUAAGAACUACAAGGCCACCAUUGGAGUCGACUUUGAGAUGGAACGAUUUGAGGUGUUGGGCGUCCCCUUCAGUCUGCAGCUCUGGGAUACUGCCGGACAGGAGCGGUUCAAAUGUAUUGCAUCCACCUAUUACCGGGGAGCUCAAGCCAUUAUCAUUGUCUUCAACCUGAAUGAUGUGGCCUCUCUGGAACACACCAAGCAGUGGCUGGUCGAUGCGCUCAAGGAGAAUGACCCUUCUGGUGUGCUGCUCUUCCUUGUGGGUUCCAAGAAGGAUCUGAGUACUCCUGCUCAGUAUGUGCUAAUGGAGAGGGAUGCGCUCAAGGUCGCCCAGGAGAUGAAGGCUGAGUACUGGGCCGUCUCCUCUCUCACCGGCGAGAAUGUUCGAGAAUUCUUCUUCCGAGUGGCUGCACUGACCUUUGAGGCCAACGUGCUGGCUGAGCUGGAGAAAUCAGGGGCCCGGCGCAUCGGGGACGUUGUCCGCAUCAAGAGCGAUGACAGCAAUCUCUACCUAACUGCCAGCAAGAAGAAGCCCACUUGCUGCUCAUGAAAGACCAAAGAGCUGCCUCUUGAUGGCAGUAUCCCCAGAGGGGUAGCUAGGACCAUGCUACUCACUUCCUGCACCCAGGCACCAUGCCAAAGACUGGAUGCCCCAUCCUGUCUCCAGGGGCUCCCUAGGGUACCCAGCAGUGGUCUGGGGCGAUCCCUGCUGUUUCGUUCAGCCUGCUGGGGCCUUUGGGCAUGAGGAGGCCUAUUAUACCAGCUCACGCGUGCCUUAUGCAUUAAACUCUUGGUGUUCUUAGCA